AAAAAAGAUGAGAAGAGGGCAUCGCGGACUUGAACUUACAACAAAACAAGAGAGGAUUUUCUGUAGAUACGCUAUAAGGAAGCCUCGUGUCAGGUGGCACAUGUCUACGGAGUUGUAAACGAAUAAUUACAGACCGCGUUGCAUUCUUUACCGGGCGUUCUGUGUCUAUGCAAAGCUUUCAGUAGUUGAAGUUUGCAUUCGCAGUGUGCAGGAUCCGUCUGUUCUUCGACCACUAUGCUAUGCUCGGAAAUCUAACCAUCGUGCUGUCUUUUUCGCGAAGCUCACAGUGCCAGGAGACCCUGGAAGAUGAUGCUGUGAAGGACAAGGAUGAUGAGGAGCCCGCGCCGGGCGUGGUCCUGAAGCUGGCCGAGGUCAGUGGAUGUGAUUUGGACACUUGCUGCGCUGCGCUGAUGGGCUGUGACAACAACUUUCACGCGGCCCUAGCGCAGCUGCGCUGCAGCUCUACCUUCGAGGUUGGCGCCAAAGCGCGCGCACAGAUGAGAGCAGCCCUGCAGAUGCUGGAGCGCGCGCGUGAGGGCCGCUCGGUGACCCGCGGUGCCCUGGGGAGCGCCUGGGUGGUGGCUGCGGUGAUGUUGCACGCUUUCGAGUACAUCUUGCCCAGACGGUUCUUGGAGAUCCUCUUCGCGCUGUUAGGUGUGCGUUCAGAUGGACCAUGCGGGCUUGUGGCCUUGCUUUUGCCAGUGCUCAUUGCUCUUUUAGCAAUCGUGGUACUUUUGAGGGAUCUCGAUGGCUUCCUCAAUGACGUCUCAGAGAAGUGACAUGCUCCAGGUCGUGCACGGCAUUUGAUGUGGGCAGGAGCCAGAGGGUUUGACUCCCAACAAGUUAGAACCUGUGGACCCGCAGCUGACUGCGUCCAAGCUGUCAAAGACCUUGCUGACCAGUCACUUUCUUAAGUGGGAUAACCCUUUGGGCAUGGAGGGGCAGUCCAGAGUUUGUAUUUGUAUCUUCAACAAACAGUGCCAACCUCCACUGCGUUGCUUCAGAAGAUGUAGAGGACGCGAGAUUCUUCUGCUGCAUUGGGAUG